UUAUACAAAGUAGCACCGGAUUGCCUGCUAGGACUUCGAUUUCUAUAUAGCUGUUUCGGUUCAAUCCUCUCUGCCAUUCUUUUCUGUUACAACUCUUAACAUGGAAGAUAUCAAGAUUGAACAAUACAUGCCUUCCACAUCUAAAAUUCCUUUCCACAGCGGUAAGGAAUAUCAUGUGUUUUUGAGUUUCAGGGGAGAAUUGAGAGACUCUGGUUCAUUAUCUCUAUGAAGCUCUCACUGCUGCCGGACUAGAUGUCUUCGUAGACAGCCACAAAUUGGAAAAGGGAGAAAUAAUUGAGUCGAGCUUGGAAAGGGCAGUGAAGGGCAGUGCCAUACGCAUUCCUAUAUUUUCACAAGGCUAUGCACAGUCUGCAUGGUGUCUCAGGGAGGCCGCAACAAUGGUGAACACCAAGGGCUUGAUCAUUCCUCUGUUUUAUGAUGUGCUUCCAACUCAUGUCAGAUUUCCUCUCAAGGAAUCCAGUCCGUACAAGACUGCAUUUGAAAAGCAUUAUGCCCAAUCAUACCAUAAAGGAGCAGAUAUUGAUGGAUGGAAGGAUGCCCUUCACCAGAUCUGUUCUCGGUCAGGGUGGUCCAUGGAUUUAAGUGGAGGCUCUGAAGCGCAGCUAAUAAAGACUCUAGUGAAUGACGUGAUUAAGACAUUCGACAGAGUGCAUUUCCAAGUUGCCAAGCACCCUGUGGGACUCGAAAGCAUGACCGACCAUCUCAUUCACAAAUUCAAACUCAAUUCAGAGGGAGGUGUGAAUAAAGCUCUCUAUAAUCAAGUUUCUGCUAAAUUUGACGCUGCAUCUUUUGUGUUUAAUGUCCGCUCUACUGCUGCAGAAUUCCUGGGCCUCACAAAAUUGCAGAAAAAAAUUCUAAAAGAUUUAGCCAAUCAUGAUGGAGAAGUGGACAGCGUUGAGGAGGGCAUAUCUUUGUUCAGGCAUCGUUUGAGACAAAAACGUGUGCUUCUCAUUUUAGAUGAUGUGGAUGGUGUUGAGCAAUUAAAUGCUUUGGAUGGGGAUUGGCUGGCCCCUGGUAGCGGAGUUAUCAUUACUUCCAGAGAUAGGCACAUUCUCCAUCAUGCUGGGGUCUCAUCUGAAUGCAUUCAUGAGAUGAGUGGAUUAUUGAUAAAUGAAGGUCUCCGACUAUUUUGUUGGCACGCCUUUCUCAGAGAACUUCCAACUCCCACUCACAAAGAUCUGUCAGAAAGAAUAGUGGAGGCUUGUCAGGGGCAUCCUCUUUCGCUGGAAGUCAUUGGAUCCUUGUUGUAUGAUAAGCAGAAUGACCCAGAUUGCUGGACAGAAGCCUUUCACAACAUUACUCUCCACCCAGGCAUUCAUGAAAGACUCAAAAUCAGUUAUAAUGCUCUUACUGAAGAGGAGAAAGAGAUAUUUCUCGACAUCGCUUGCUUCUUCAUUGGUGAACACAAAAUGCUUCCCAUUGUUUUCUGGAAAUCUUUGUAUAAGACGGUACACACAGCUGUACAUAAUCUUUCCCUGAAGUUACUAAUAAAGAUUGAUGACAAAGGUGUGUUUGAUAUGCAUGACCAUUUGCGAGAUAUGGGGCGAAGCAUAGCAGCUGAAAGAGAGAGAGAAUGUACCCGGCUAUGGAAUGCAGAUCAUUUAAGCAGGGGAGUAUCCAAUAACAACAAUUUCUCUCGCCUUCGACUCAACGGAGGUAAUUCACAACGAUUUGAGACGUUGUACGGAUCAGUUCUUAGAUUACUUCACUUGGAGAAUGUGCCCAUUGCCGGUAUCACGCGAGCCAUGCUUCCUCCAAGUUUGAUAUGGCUACGGUUGCAAGAUUGCAAGAAGCCAUCUCACUUCAGUCUUAUGCGUAACAUGUGGCGCUUUGCAAUACAGCGGCCAUUUCACUUCAGACCUGUGGAUUUGAGAAUACUGCAAACAGACGGGAAUAUUUCCAACCUCCAAUAUUCUCUUUCUUACAUUCUUGGCAACCUCUCACAGUUACAGCAUUUACAGUUGAGAAACUGCAGAAAAUUAAAUAAGCUCCCUCGUACCAUUGACAACUUGUCAAAGCUGCAGAGUUUAGAUUUGAAACAGUGUACAAAGUUAAAGAAGCUCCCUCUUACUAUAGGCAACCUAUCACAGCUGCAAUAUUUAGAUUUGGGAUGGUGUACAAAUUUAAAUAACCUCCCUGAUACCAUUGGUAAUCUAUCACAGCUGCAGCAUUUAGACUUGGUAGGGUGUAAAGAUUUAAAUAAGCUCCCUGAUACCAUUGGCAACCUAUCACAGCUGAAACAUUUAGGUUUGGGAUGGUGUACAAAUUUAAAUAACCUCCUUGAUACCAUUGGCAACCUAUCACAGCUGCAGCAUUUAGAUUUGGGAGUGUGUAGAAAAUUAAAUAACCUCCCUGAUACCAUUGGCAACCUAUCACAGCUACAGCAUUUAGACUUGGGAGAGUGUACAAAUUUAAAUAACCUCCCCGAUACCAUUGGCAACCUAUCACAACUGCAGCAUUUAGGCUUGAAAUGGUGUACAAAUUUAAAUAACCUCCCUGAUACCAUUGGCAACCUAUCACAACUGCAGCAUUUAGACUUGGGAGAGUGUACAAAUUUAAAUAACCUUCCCGAUACCAUUGGCAACCUAUCACAACUGCAGUAUUUAGGCUUGAAACGGUGUACAAAUUUAAAUAACCUCCCUGAUACCAUUGGCAACCUAGCACAGCUGCAACAUUUAGACUUGAGAGGGUGUAGAAAAUUAAAUAACCUCCCUGAUACCAUUGGCAACCUAUCACAGCUGCAGCAUUUAGACUUGGGAGAGUGUACAAAUUUAAAUAACCUACCCGAUACCAUUGGCAACCUAUCACAGCUGCAAUAUUUAGAUUUGGGGUGGUGUACAAAUUUAAAUAACCUCCCUGAUACCAUUGGCAACCUAUCACAGUUGCAACAUUUAAACUUGGCAAUAUGUACAAAUUUAAAUAACCUCCCUGAUACCAUUGGCAACCUAUCACAGCUGCAGCAUUUAGACUUGAGAUGGUGUACAAAUUUAAAUAACCUCCCUGAUACCAUUGGCAACCUAUCACAGCUGCAACAUUUAGGCUUGAUAGGGUGUAUAAAUUUAAAUAACCUCCCUGAUACCAUUGGCAACCUAUCACAGCUGCAGUAUCUAAAUUUAAUUAAGUGUACAGGUUUACAAUACUUCCCUGAUACCAUUCGCAAACGAGUAGAGCUGCACGAACUUGGCCAUCAACUACAAAUAAUAACAUCAGUGAGGAAGACUCUUAUUGUUGGGUUGGAAAGAGAUUGAAGGUGAGAGAUGCAGUCAAGGUUGGAAGUUGGGAGGUUAAAGCUAACCACUUUUAUGAUGACCAAUCGUAGCAAUGAAUAUGGGUGAUUUUAUGUCUUGGAGAUUGGCUAUAGUUGGGUUGAAGAAGAAUGACUCAUGGGAAUUGUUACCCUUGUUAGAAGGAAGAAGAGAUUGUUGCAUGUAAAUGAGUGUUCAAGAAGAUGAUCAAUUUACGUGAUGAAUACUUGGUGGAUGAAAACUUAGCUCUUCCUAUAACUGUGCUUUGUAUGAACUGCAUGCAUAAAUUAUUUGGAAGUGGGUGGCUGCAAGUGCUUAUGAUAUGAUGAGAAAAUGGUUUGAAUCUGUUUUUCCAAAUUCCAAGAUACAAGUUGUAAUUGCUCCUCCAUUAGGAAUAACUGGGAGUCUUGCUUUUCAGCUAAGCUCUGAGAAGAAGAUACCAAUUGGAAUCCAGAUACCGAUUGGAUUCAUGCUCCCGCAUUUAUGGGAGAUAUUGCAACUCUAGCUACAACACAAUGAUUGAAGCAAGCACCAAGUGGCAUCAAUCGUGUUCUAAGCAACUUCUAAUUCCACUAGGAUCGGCAUUUAUGGGAGACAUUGUUACUCUAGUGACAAAAAAAUGUAAAAAUGAAACUUGCUCGGAUGACCAUAUAGAAACUCUUUGAGAUAGAGACCACGUCAAGUUUGGCAACUACACUGCCUGUCCCAUUGCCUACUCCAAAACUGGCUGUGCAGUUAUCAGCAGUAGAAAAUAUUCUUGCUGAAUGGUGUAUAUUAUGAUCAGUUUUCAGCAGUUAUAUGAUACAGUGUUUUAAUUGCUUCUUCAUUACGUAUAACGAGGCUUACUUGUCAGCUAAGCUCUGAGGCUGACACCAAGUGGCAUCAAUCCUGUUCUAUGCAAGUUCUAACUCUACUGGGAUCUUCUGCGUCAAUGGUUACUGCAUUUAUGCAAAGCUGAAACUUGCAUGGAUGAAAAUAGUAGGGACUAUAUAGAAACUCUCUGAUGGUCUUCGGGACAAACCAUUCCACAAGAUUGUCAGCGGUGUUUUGGAAACUUCAUGGUUAAGAAACCAGUCUCUGAUUCACACGACACCAAACAAAAUAUUCGAAGUGCUGUACAGAGACCUUGCAUCAAUUUUCUUCAUAAAUAUGUGAAGAUUCGAAUAUGCAGUUCAUAUAGACCAGCUAAGAUUGUAUCUACAACGUUCCAUUCCCUACCGAAGAGCUCUAUCAACGAAUCACUGACCCCUCUUUAAUCAGCCAAUCAUUAAUCCAGAGGCUGAAGAAAGUUCACGGGUAUAGUCGAGCCUGAUAAGCAUUUCUUCUUCUGUAGAGGCUGAAGAAAGUUCACGGGUAUAGUCGAGCCUGAUAAUCAUUCCUGCUUCUGUAGAGACUGAACAAAGUUCACAGGUUAGUUCAGGUGUGGUUUAUUUUCAAUACCUUUCUUAAAUCAUUGCUGACGUGCUGGGACUCUUAGCCUGAUUUUGAUACCACAUGUUGAAAUACAACUUAUAUAUCUAAAUGGUACAACUUAUAUAUCUAAAAUCUUCCAUUUGCUGUUGGAAUUACUGAUCCUCAUGAUCAAGAUGGAGACCAUUUGGGAACUACUCUGCCUAAUCCAAGACUGACUGUGCAGCCAUCAGCAGUUAAAAGUUAAAACUAAUGAAAACUCUGAUGACGAUCUGGAGAAUGUAGAAGAUGGUGAUUGGGACAAUUUUCAGUGUUUUCCAGUCUCCACCACAGUAAUGUCUGAAGACACGUAUUGGUAUGAACCAAUCUCAGAAGAUUCAAUUCCAAAAAGGGAAUUGAUUUCCCAGCUGAAGACUGAUGAUUUUUAAGACAUUUUGAUUAAUACUAUUUGUAGCUAACAAGUCAAAUUAAUCAGAAUGAUGGUCAUUCUUUGAUCAAACAAAUUCCAGAUGAAAACAAUCCAAAGCCAGAUAUAACUGGUGCAGAAGAAUUGAAGGAUGGAUGAGGUCUCAUUUUGUUAUUCUAACAAAAUACCUUAACAUAUGCAAUUGUAAUUCUGCUAUUGUGGGUCGAAAUGACAUGUGAGGACAUGUUUGACAGAGUACUUGCAAGAUCAAGAGUUGUAAGAAAUGCUCAACAAGAUUCAAGGAUCCAUUUCGAGAUCAUGUCUAAAUUGUAGAAUCGUUCUGAAUUUUCCGCAGAUGAAUACUUGGUGGAUGAAAACUUAGCUCUUCCUAUAACUGUGCUCUGUAUGAACUGCAUGCAUAAAUUAUUUGGAAGUGGGUGGCUGCAAGUGCUUAUGAUGUGAUGAGAAAAUGGUUUGAAUCUGUUUUUCCAAAUUCCAAGAUACAGGUUGUAAUUGCUCCUCCAUUAGGAAUAACUGGGAGUCUUGCUUGUCAGCUAAGCUCUGAGAAGAAGAUACCAAUUGGAAUCCAGAUACCGAUUGGAAUCAUGUUCCCGCAUUUAUGGGAGAUAUUGCAACUCUAGCUACAACACAAUGAUUGGUAAGGAUGAAACUUGCUUGGAUGACCAUAUAGAAACUCUCUGAGGGUAUUUGGUGCAAACCAUUCCACAAGAUUGUUGAAGCGAUAGAGAUCACGUCAAGUUUGGCAACUACACUGCCCGUUCCACUCCCUACUCCAAAACUGGUUGUGCAGUUAUCAGCAGUUAAAAUAUUCUUGCUGAAUGGUGUAUGUUAAGACCAGUUAUCAGCAGUUAUACGAGGCUGACACCAAGUGGCAUCAACCCUGUUCGCAAGUUCUAACUCUACUAGAUAUUGCGAAUCUAGUGGCGACGCAAUAUAUUGGCAAAGAUGAAACUUGCAUGGAUGAAAAUAGUAGGGACUAUAUAGAUGGUCUUCGGUGCAAACCAUUCCACAAGAUUGUCAGCGGUGUUUUGGAAACUUCAUGGUUAAGAAACCAGUCUCUGAUUCACACGACACCAAACAAAAUAUUCGAAGUGCUGUACAGAGACCUUGCAUCAAUUUUCUUCAUAAAUAUUUGAAGAUUAGAAUAUGCAGAGGCUGAAGAAAGUUCACGGGUAUAGUCAAGCCUGAUAAGCAUUUCUGCUUCUGUAGAGGCUGAAGAAAGUUCACGGAUAUAGUCGAGCCUGAUAAUCAUUCCUGCUUCUGUAAAGACUGAAGAAAGUUCACAGGUGUGACUAUUUCCAAUAUACCCCUUUAAGUCACAUUGUUGAUGUUUGGGACUCUUAACCUGACUCUAAUACGACAUACUCACUAAAUCAUGAACCAGCUAAUAUCCAAAUCACAUUGUUGAUGUUUGGGACUCUUAACCUGACUCUAAUACGAGAUGCUCACUAAAUCAUGAACCAGCUAAUAUCCAAACCUAGGAGCUUCCAUUUGUUGCUGGAGUGCUCCACCAGCUGAACUUCUAUGUUGUCUGUAAUUCAAAUUUUAAUACAGCUUAUAUAGACCAGCUAAGACUACAAUCUAUGAUCUUCCAUUUGCUGUUGAAAUGCUCUAUCAAUUACUGACCCUCAUGAUCAAGAUAGAGACCUUUUGGGAACUACUCUGCCUACUUCAAGACUGACUGUGCAGCCAUCAACAGUUAAAAUUGAUGGAAACUCUGCUGACGAUCUGGACAAUUUUCAGCGUUUUCCAGUCUCCACCACAGUAAUGUCUGAAGAGACGUAUUGGCAUGAACCAAUCUCAGAAGAUUCAAUUCCAAAGAGGGAAUUGAUUUCCCAGCUAAAGGCUAAUGAUUUUCAAGACAUUUUGAUUAAUACUAUUUGCAGCUAACAAGUCAAAUUAAUGAGAAUGAUGGUCAUUCUUUGAUCAAACAAAUUCCAGAUCAAAAUAAUCCAAAGCCAAAUAUAAAUGGUGCAGAAGAAUUGAAGGAUGGAUGAGGUAUCAUUUUGUAAUUCUAACAAAAUACUUCAACAUAUGCAAUUGUAAUUCUGGUAUUGUGGGUUGAAAUGACAUGUGAGUACAUGUUUGACAGAGUACUCGCAAGAUGAAGAGCUAUAAGAAAUGCUCAGCAAGAUUCAAGGAUCCAUGUCGAGGUCAUGUCUAAAUUGUAGAAUCGUAGGUUUUUUUUCUACCUAUGGAUUAAGUUACAUUUUAAAUUUCUCAA